GUCUUGAAUGUCAUAAUGUUGAGAUGAAAGUUAAAGGCAAUAAAACAUAUAAACAUGGCUAUUAUUGUAAAGAUAGAAGUUGGGUAAACGUUAAUAUAGCGAAUCAAAAGAUUGAAUAUAAAAUCUACAAUUAUGUUAGCAAAGUUAUUAAUGAUACUAAAGCUGUUAGUAAUGAUAAAGUUGAAGUAUUUGAGCAUUAUUUGAGUCCAGUUGAUGCAGACAAAGCUGAUAAUAUUUGUCUUGUAAAGG